AUGAAAGACAACCUCUCAAGUAUGCUCUCAUCAAUUCUUGAAAAACCUUACAGAUGUAUUGACCUUAACAAAAUCUUGAUUACUCUACCUGAUGGAUCUCAACAUAUAUCCUCAGAUCCAGACACUGUGAAAUCUCAUACAAGAAUUCACUUCUCAAAUAUUUCUAGCACAGCAAAUAAUCCACCUCCUAAUAACUUAUGGAAUGAGUGGGCUCAUGUCUAUCAACCCCUAAACUACAUCAAACCUGAAUGGUAUGACUCCAUACUAUCACCUAUUACAAAAACUGAAUUAUUAAAUAACAUAUCAGAUCUCCCUUUAAAAAAAGGUGCUGGACCAUCAUCAAUCUCAAAUGAAAUGCUAAAACAUCUGAAUCCAGAUACCAUAGAAAUUUUGCUUUCACUAUUCAACAGAUGCAUAUCCAUAUCUCAUAUUCCAUCAGCUUGGAAACAUGCCAAUGUUUAUCCCAUACCAAAACCCAAAGAAUGGCAUUAUCAACUCACACACACUCGUCCUAUUACAUUAUUAGAAUGCACUCCAUCAAGGUCUCAUGGAAUUCCUUGGAUUGUUAAAUUUUGGUUUCUCAAGUAUCCGGUCUUGAGAGAAAAUGCAAAAUUGAAUAAAAAGAAUUAA